GGAGUUGUCAAAGUGACAGCACACAACCAGUCGACUAUGAACAACAAUAACAAAUCGUCGUCGGCUAAUCGCAAGAUGCAUCUUGUACUUUGACUCUUUUUUCAGAAUGUUUCCAUUUUUAUGACAACGAUAUCAAUAUUUUUUGUCAUUUCGUUUGUGAUUGUGGUUGGAAUCGUCGUUAUUUUUGUGUUUUAAGUUUUCUUAGCUGCCGCAAACAGAGCGGUAAUUUGGUAUGACGAUAAUGAAUCAUUUGUGAUAGUGGAAAUGUUAUUGCAAUAUUGAAUGUUCAUAGGUUUGUCAUACAUCAGCAAACUGUUUUGCUACAUUUGUUUUGAUAACAUUUUCAGUGCAAAAAAUAGAAAUUAUGACAGUAAAACAAAGUGCUGCCACAUUUUCAAUUGGAAGUGAUUUUUUUUAGAUUUACAUUUGUUGCUUGUUAGUUAAUUUUGGUGAAAAUGGAGAAUUUCGACAAAUUUUGGUAUUUAUUACCAAAGAAGGAUGCUGAUGCAUACUUUGAACUACGAAAUUAUCUAGAGAAUCCAGGCUGUGAUACUGACAUAGCUCGACUCUUCAAGACAUCGACACAUCGUUAUAUUUUGGCAAAUCUAUUGGAGCAUCCCUAUCCGAUGUGUCAAAUUGUCCGCUGUUUACCACAGCCAAUUUAUAUGCAGUUAUACUAUUCGUCUUUGCUACAAUUUGCCGAAUUUUCGCCAGACCAAAUGAGCGUGGCCAAGUUCAAUCUGUACAGUUUUCUAAUCAAUGCUCACGUAUCGGAUAAAUGGCUUGAGAAAUGUCAAACGCACGUCUUCAAUGCAAUUUUUCAACGAAUCGACAGAAUGAAAAGCACAGAUGAAUUGCCGCUAGUGCUUUUGUCCAGUAAAUCGAUGCCAUUGAUAAGAGCGUACCAUACUUUUGUGAACCAUUGCUUUGAAGCGAAUCCAUACACAAAACGAACGGCAUUUUUUAUGGCAUCUUACCGAAGUACUCACUUUUUCGAGCCCAUAAUUCAUGACAAUCAGGAAAUUAUCGAACCCGAUUUUGUACGCAAUGCUUCAAAAUUGGUCCGUUUGGCCAUGCUGAUGAGCAACAAACCGACUCGCCCGAGUAACGAUUUCAAUUUCUACGACGAAGUUUGGAAACUAUUUGAACAAAUCGAACCGGCUGCUUUGAGUGAUAAUCAAAAGGUUUUGUAUAGUGAAUUCGCUCGUAUGUUGUCAUUGCAUCAUUUUGUGCGUUCGAAUCGACGGUAUGAAAAUUUAUCCGAUUCAAUAGCGAUUAAAAUGCUCGCAUCAAAGUACAACAUUUUGGAUUUCUUUGUGAAAUUCAACGACGGAUGCAUAAUCAUGAACACAAGUGACUAUCAUUUGGUGCGCAAACAAUUGGUUGAAAAUGGCAUAUUCAAUCGAUCAAUUAAUCCAGACAUCCAGCUAGACGGAACCAAGGCGUCCGAAGUGAAUAUGUACGAUCAAUUUUUUACAAUUAAUUUGAUGAUUUCCUUAGUUCUGCUGCGAUCCACAACAAUAAACUAUGAAGAGAUUGUACGUAUGAAAAGUGGUGAAAUCAAGCAAAUCAUCGAUAACAUUGACCAGCCACUCGAUUACAUUGAAGCCAUUGAAUUUCUAUUCAGUUUGCUGUUUUUGCGUUUUGAACACGUAAAUUCGCGAGUGUUUAGCAAUGGCAAAUUGGUGCAUACAUCCAGCAGUUUGCAUGAUUCGGAGUCGUCGAUGGAAGAAGUGAAAAAAGUUCCGGCUCCAUCAAAUGUGAAGAGUGGAUUUGCCUGUACUUUCAUCGUCGUUCAGAAUAUGAUCAGCGUCUUGAGCGCGUCCAUAAUCAAUCGAAAAACAGAUGAAUUGACAGACGAGCUCAAGCAACGAUUUGUGCGCAUUGCAAGCGCAAUUGACGAUGCCAAAUGGCGCCUUCAAUUAGUCGAUUUGUACUAUUCAACGAAAAAUUAUCUACGUGCACCAUCUGAACUAAAACUUAUGUUCACAUCGAGAUACAAGCAAAUGGACUCGAAAACGACGGUAUUCAGUAGCUCCGAUGAGAGUGAUAUCAUUGUAACCAUUCCAAAGAAACACGCAGUUGUUCGGCGAAAGACACGGCGUCAUUCGGGCAAAAAAUCAUCUAAAUCGUCAAAGUCAUCGAGAUCGGGCAAAAGUGACACAUUUGCUAACUCAACGGAAAUUGAGGGGAAAGAGCGAAAAACGAACGCCGGAUUUGAUUGUGGAAAUAUUCCAGCCAUUCGAUAUGCAAAUUAUCGCGAGAGGAAAGGAUUCAUGAGUAAAAUGCUGGGCCAACUCAUCGAUAUGGUGACCAUUGAGGUGAUUCGUGGCGAUUUAAAUGCAGCUGAAACAAUUAUUGAGGCAAAUAAUUUGUCCGAUUCAUCGAUUGCGGCCGAGGUAAAACUGCUGGAAAAAUUCAACGACGUAAAAACGAUCUUGAAAGAAUCAUUAAAAACGAUUCCCAGGGCUCCCGCCAAAAAUAUGGACUACGUCUAUUCGAUGCGGGAAAUAAAGAAUCUCGUUGGUGCCGGCUUUGAAUCCUCACAAAUAUUAGAUGUGCUUGAGGAGUUUGUGACGCAGCAUCCCAUUCACGAGACAGACGAAUCAAAGGCAAUAGUCGAUCGAUUUGUGCAAAAUUAUCCGUAUUUGGAGCUGUACAGAGGACUAGCGUUGCAAGGAGUUGUCAUCGUUGAUUUCGUACUAAGUUUGGUAUCAAAUCCAAACCUUUCCUCAAGAAUAAUCAAUAUGUUGUCGAAAUUCUGGGAUAAAAAUGAACCAGUCGAGGUGUUUAAGAAGCGAAUUGGCUACUUGGGCUUUAUUAAUGAGAUCCAUGCAAUUUUGAUGCUUUGCAACAACAGUCGUGACCAGUCGAUGUGCAUUCAAGAGCUCUUAUCUACGCAACUUUAUACAUUCCAUGAAACGGACGCAAAACAAAAGUUAGAACAGGAAAAUUUAUUCAUAAAACAAAAGCAACUCACCAUGGAAGCGCUGUCAACGCGAACAAACCUCACGCAAAGCAUUAUCGAUUUUGGUGUGUUUAAUCCAAAGAAUGCGAAUUUACUACAGAAUGUCUUUGGAUACUCGAUGAAUAUGAAUCGCUUGAUUCAAUUCAAAAAUCCCUUUGAAAUGGAUAUAAAUCGCACGUGUCUCGAAGAAAUCCUGGAAAUCGACUUGUUUUCGUUGAUCGGCGAUAUCAUGUUCGAUGAAAAUGCAAAUGCUUCAUUGAGAGAAAUCGAAGCGAUUGUUUGUAAUCUCAAUACGAAUCUCGUGCACGUUAUCACCAAAAAUACUUGUCCAAUCAUCUCGAUUUAUGACAAAUUCAGCUCGAAUUUAAACGAUGAACUGAAUGCAAUACUCCAAUCCUUACUUACCAAAGAAGAAAAAGAAGAAGACAACAAAUCGAAUGAGAAUGAUGACCCAGAAGAUACGUUGCGCAAACCAUUUAAAAUCAAACGUCAUGACAGUCUUUACUAUGUUCGUCAACAUAACGAACUGAUUGCUUAUAUUCUGGGAAAAAUUCAUGGCAUCGAACCAAUUGAACCGAUUCAAGAACCAAAAAUGCAACUAAAUUAUAAUUUACUCAAUAAUAUCAUGGAAAUGGAGGAGUUGGAUAUUCGAACAGCCCUAAAUGAAGAUUGUGAUCAAAUGUUGGCCGCACUUAGCUUUGACUCAUUCCAAUUGGACCUGGUGAAAGAGUUUAUCGAACAGAAAAACUAUCGUUUGGCACAUCGUUCGCUCCAAUUUUGCCAAGAGCGUCACUUAAAGCGCCACAAACAGGUCAUUUGGAAUAUCAAAGAUGCGUUGAUAACAAAAAUCCUAGAAGCAGAAGAAGAGAAUGGAUCGGAUGCCAACACAUUUUCGCUGAUUGAACACAUAAAAGAUCUUCAAUUAAUGUCUAGUACGUUGUUAAAGCACAUCAAUCGAAUAAGUGAUGACGAACUUGCUCGACAUUUAAUUCGAACGAUAUUGCUGCAUAGUCGCGUGAACGAGGUGCCAUCCGAUCAAAUUGAGCAGCUCACAAAUUAUAUGUCCGAUAUCGAGUUAUAUGCCAGCAUAGGGAGGGCCAUAACCAUGACGGAUUACAUAUACGAAACAUGGACUAAAGUUAUGGAAAUCUGUCGCGUGGCACCCGAACGUCUUCUCUAUUCAUUGAUUGAGCGCAAUCAAUACGAAUUGUGUUAUCAAUGGAUUCAGACGGUGUCAUUGGAGGAGACAGUAAUUAAAUCGCAAUUUAUUGACUUGUUCAUUUGUAAAAUCACCGACAAUCGCGAUAACAACGAUGAAUAUUUCAUCAAAGUGUGCGAAGUACUAUUGAAAAAAAUCAUGGUGUUCCACAUGGAUUCGAGCCUUUUACUGAAAUUAAGAAAUCGCAAGCUGCUGCAGUAUCUCGUUGACUUUUUGAUCGAAAAUUCCAACGAUAAAAAUGAUCACAUUUACAAAAAUUACAAGAUAACACUCAUCAUAUUCGAUACGAUUGAUGCCAAAGAAGCGAAUACUUUAUGGCAGCUCAUUGAUAUGCCACUGUUGAUAAUCGAGCAGUACAUUUUGAACUCGAAAUUCGAAACGUUGGUCAAAAUUCUUCAGGCGAUUCGACCGCAUAUCAAAAACAAUGUGUGUAAUUUUUGUGGAACUUCGACAAAGGCUUCAUCAUCGAUAGAAUCGAGUGGAAGCGAUCAGCAGCACAAGCUCAAUCCAAUAGAUGAUACUGAUCUGGAACAUAGUUCGCCUUUUAAUUACAGCAAUCAUGCGACUAGUGUUCAGUGUGUUGAUCAAAUUCUACGAACAUAUGCAGCGAAGGCACUUGAUUUUCGCAUCGGCAGCGGAACUGUUGAUUCAAAUGUUAUGGCGGAAAGAACCACACCAAGUAGUGCCGUUAGUUUGGAUUCGUUGUGCGGAACAUUUCAAAUGCCACGAGAAGCACCCGAUAAAGCGCAUUGGGUCAAAGAUCAUGAAGCCACUCACUGCAUGUGCUGCAAAAGAUCUCUUUUCACCAUGCUAACGCGACGACAUCAUUGUAGACGUUGUGGACGUGUUGUUUGUCAUUCCUGUUCCACCAAACGUCUUACCAUUCCGAAAUUGUACGAAAAUAUUUUGGUGCGUGUUUGUAAUGAUUGUGCUCAUCAAACCGAAGAAGCGCAACGGGUAAAAACGGAAAUUAUUGCUAGCGUUUCUACGCCGCAACCAACACCACCGGUUCAAUCUACUUUGAUUUUGGAAGAGAACGAGCAACGAAUCAGUACCAGAGAUGGAUGGGUCUAUCGAUUCACUGGCCAUCUCAAACAUGACCAUUUGCUGCGAGAAGAAUUUUCAUUUGAAUACGCACCGAGUGCGUCUCUGUGCAUAAAUCUCAUUUCGAUGCACACACCUGGGCAAGAUUGUUGUGACUUUUUGCUGAGCUAUUGCAAGAAAUUCGAAGCUCUAUUGAAACCACUCAAACCGGGCCAAUCCAAUCCGGAAGUCGAUUAUGCUUUUGUCACCAGAAUUCUCUACUGUUUGUCGUUUGCGGCAAAGAUGUAUGGCGGAAGUUCGGAUUGUAUGAAAAUCCGUGAUCAUGCCGAAAUCAUAAAUUCGGUCGUUCGAAACGGUUGCGAAUCACUUUUGCCCAUGGAAUCGAUUAACAUGAAAAGUUUGCGAACACUGCGCGACAAUCUAGUUGUUGCCGAGAAGUUUGAAUUGGCCAUUGAAAUUUCAUUGAAAUCGGGAUUAGAGAAGACGGGUAUUAUGGCCGCUUGGGGCAUUGCAUGCAUUAAAGCUGGAUGUUUUGAAACCGCUCGUGAAAAGUUCGUUCACUGUUUGAUUCCAACCACUUGUGACAAGGAUCGUCGGCAAAUCAAUCAUUUUCUGACAACGGAUGAGCAAACGGCCAAAAAUCAAAAACCAGUCCUUCAUUUCAAGUCAACGGCACGUUCGCCGAAGGUGCAACCGCUUCUUCAGGAAAUUUUGACCAUUUUAGAGUCAACUUGUCAUCCGGUGAAUUCAGACGUGUUGUUCAACGCUUCAACGUUCUCACAAUCAACUCGAUCGCUUUUAUCACUCAAAUUUACCAAAAAGGAAAAGUACCCAAUCCACGAACCGGCCGUUAAUAUUUUGCAUACUCUAUCGAAUUUGAAGCAAAUUUCACAUGGGAAAUACUCAGUGAAAACACAUCGCACGCUGGGAUUAACAGGAACUGAGGAUAUGAAUUCACUUUUUGCAUCGGACAGUGAGCAACAUGGACUUCAUUCGCGUUUCUACACCGAAUCGGUUUAUUAUCUGGCUAGCUAUGGUCGACAUUCCGAUGUUUUGCGCUUUUUGAUGAAAUAUAAACAAGUGAAAAAGGCUCUCAAAUACUCACUGUUCCUAGUCAUUCCGGCCGAUCAAUUCAUUCAAACGAUCAUCAUACCGCAUUUGAAGAGCGGCCGACUGAAUGUAAUCAUCAAUUUAAUGAGCGAAAUGGAUGAAACGUUGAUGAUGUGGAAGGACUACAUCAUUCAAAUUUGUUUGAUGCUGGAAAAACGAAACCUUCUGAAUAGCCUGUACCAAGUACAAUUAUUGCUGAAAGAUACAGUUCGAGCGAGCAUGACAUGUGUACGAUUUUAUACGGUGAACUGUGUCUUAUACCAAGAUCUACGUAAUAAUGCCCAUCAUUUGAUGAAUGCUCAACAGCAUCUGAAGAGUGAAUUGGAGUUGUGCCAGUGGGAAGAGAUCAAAACACAAUCCAAACGCCCCGAUGAACAUCAAUCGUUUGUCAUGAAAAUGGACUCCAAGUCACUAAAUCAACACAUUAAUACAAUUUGCAGCCAAAUUGAUGCUUCGAAAUUUUUGGCUCAAUGCGAAGAAAAUGGAAAGGAGACCGUUAGUUUAAUACCAAAGAUAUCGCUGCUACCUUGCACGCGGAUUCCAACAUUAUUCGAAAAUAUGCAGGAUAAAAUAAUUCUGGUCGCGUUAAUUUUAAUCUGUGGUGCAAAUGUUGAGGAAGGCUUUGGUUUGGCCUAUCGAAUCAUUCAGGAUAUGGGUUUGAAUAGUGAUAAAAUUUAUGCGAUUGUUACAAAGUAUCUGGCAGUUAAUAAUCGCCUGCAUGAUGUUGAAAAAUUGGUCAAUUGCAUCCGGGGCAAUAGCAAUCAAGGCGACACAAAAUUAUGCAAUGAAAUUCUAUCGUUGGCUGUACAAAGUGCACUCAGCAAUCACACUAGUCCGCAACGUACCAGAGCCGCCAUUGAACAUCUAAUUCGUUUGAUUACCGACGUGUCGAUGCAAAUCGAAUGUCACAUCCUAUCAGGCCAGUUGAAAGCAGCCUAUUUGCUGGCCGUGCAACAUAAGCGAGUGGCUGACAUUCGUCGAAUUUUAAGAUAUGCCGAGAAGACCAAUCAAAUCCAAAUCAAAAAACUAUGCGAGAAAAAAUUGCAAACCAUCGAUGGACAAGAGGGUCAGUCAAGUGAGCAAUAACAAUACCUUCGAAUCGAAUUGAUCUGAUCUCGCAUAAUAUUCAAACAUUUCUUUUAAAAAAUUAAUAUUGCUUAACUGUUAUUCUUUCUUUUUUCAAAUAAAAUGGACCAAAUUUCAAUA